AACAUACUGUAUUACAGCCACCCCCUUCCAUCCAUCACAGCUAUCAUGACUGCCAGUAUCUCAGUGCAUACUUAUGCUGGAGCCCGCCAACCUUCUUUCUCAAGCUCAUCUUUGCGAGAUGGAGGCAUCCGGAGCCGAUCUAAAGCCCCUGUGCUUUCUUCAGCGAGCACGCUUUCACUCUCCCGUUCCAUGUCAUUGGGAAAUGGCCUCAACAUCAUCAGCAACCUUUCUCUGAGAGGAAACAGUGAGAAAGAGACAAUGCAGGGUCUCAAUGAUCGACUGGCCAGCUAUCUCAGCAAGGUGCGGUCACUGGAAAAGUCCAAUGCUGACCUGGAGCUGAAGAUCAAGCAGCACAUGCUGGAGAAGAUGCCUAAAGGUCAUGACAUAGAAGGCAUGAUGGCUCAAGCUCAUGCUAUUGGGCAGGAGGUAAGAAAAAAGACACUGGAGAAUGCUCGAAUUAUGUUGGAAAUUGACAAUGCCAAGCUGGCAGCAGACGACUUCCGGAUUAAAUGGGAGUCAGAAGCUGCUCUGUGUCAGUCAGUGGAGAGGGACUGUGUUGCUCUGCGUAGGGCUAAACAAGAGCAUGACCAGAUCAUCACGACCCUGCGGGGAGACCUGGAGAGUCUUAAAGAGGAGCUGUAUUUCUUGAAGAAGAACCAUGAAGAGGACAAGAACACACUGAAGGCCCGUUUGGCCAACGAGCAGGUGAAUGUAGAAGUGGACGCAGCACAAGGGCCAGACUUAGGAGCUGUCAUGACUGAACUGAGGGCCCAGUAUGAGGGCAUUGCACGCAAAAACAAGGAGGAUGCUGAAAUGUGGUACCUGAAAAAGCUGGAGACAGUGCAGUCAGAGGUGAAGGAGAAUAAUGAAGCUCUACGAUGUGCUCAGAAUGAGCUCGGUGAGAGGCGUCGCUUCCUGCAGGGGCUUGAGGUGGAACUGGACAGCGUCCGCAAACAAGUCAGUGUUCUGGAAGGGAACCUUCAAGAGACAACUAAUAAAUACACCCUCGAGAUGGAGCACAUCCAGGGAACACUAACGCAACUGGAGGAGGAACUCUCUCAAUUACGUCUGGACAUGCAGCGCACCAAAACAGACUACGAACAGCUACUGCGGGUCAAACAGAACCUGGAGCUAGAGAUCGCCACCUACAGGAGGCUGCUGGAGGGAGAGGAGGUGGUAAAAGAGACUCCGGCACCAAAAAAAGAACCUGAGGUAAAGACACGCAAGAUUGUAAAAGUAGUCACCCAGACUAUGGUCAAUGGUAAAGUAGUGGAUGAAUCAAGUGAGGUGGAGCAGUUCGAGGAGCGCAACAAGUGAAUCCUGUUAAUGCAGUGUUCACCAUCAUUACAACUCAACUUCAAUAGUGAGCCUUCUCCCAAACAAUAAGGGAAGCAUGCAUGGCAGUAAAUAUAUCAUUGAAAAAAUAAAACUUGCCAUUAUAAUCACUCCUAGCUAAUGGUUCUAAAGAUGAUUUUAGCAUUGCGAGUGGUAACACUAUCUCUGGACUUCUAAACACAUGAGCCAAAGUGUGAAGUACAAGCAGUGGACAUUGGAGAUACUGUACUUACAGUACUGUGAUCCAGGCUGUUAUAAGUAGAAAAUAAAUCAAUAAAUACAUGAAUACAUUACUUUAUGUGAAAUCAUUGUGGUGCAUCUUGUGUAAUUUUAAAUAUGAACUUUCUUACAUAUUGACAUUUUUGUCUUAUCUGCAAAAAAUGUAACCUAUGGAAAGAGAUAUAUUAAAAAUAUGUGCUGACCAGCAUACCAUACAGUAUGUGGUUCUUCUCCAAAUGUUUCCUGCCAUGUUGAAAGUAUGUGAU